GCGGCGGAGGAGGAGGAGAGGAGGAGGUUCGCGCUGCGCAGGAAGUGAGUGAGUCCAGUGAGUGAGAGGCGAGGAAAGAGUGCGGGAGGAGCGGCGGCGGUGGGAGCAGCGGUUCUGCAGUGGUCAGUGAGCAGCGGCAUCAUAUGCUUUCAUGGUUGCACAGUUGAAACAUCAUUAAACUGGAAUAUUGAAAGAGCAUAAGGGGUCAUGGCAAACCGGGGAGCUUCUAGGCCUAAUGGCCUAGGCCAGACAAAAAUCUGUCAGUUCAAACUGGUUUUACUAGGAGACAUGGCAGUGGGGAAAUCCAGUUUAGUCCUGCGUUUCGUCAAAGGCCAAUUUGAUGAGUUUCAAGAGACGACAAUUGGAGCUGCGUUUCUUGCUCAGUCAGUCUGUUUGGAUGAUACAACAGUAAAAUUUGAGAUCUGGGAUACGGCUGGUCAGGAGCGCUACCACAGUUUAGCACCAAUGUAUUACAGGGGGGCCCAGGCUGCCAUAGUGGUAUUUGAUAUCACAAAACAGGAAACAUUUGAUCGAGCAAAAGCGUGGGUAAAAGAAUUACAAAGACAAGCCAGUCCUAAUAUAGUGAUAGCUUUGUCUGGUAACAAAGCCGAUCUUGCAGACAAACGUAUGGUGGAAUAUGAGGAAGCACAAGCCUAUGCAGAAGACUGUGGUUUGCUUUUCAUGGAGACUUCAGCAAAGACGGCCAUGAACGUGAAUGAUCUCUUUCUAGCAAUAGCUAAAAAAAUGCCAAAAAAUGACCCUCAGAAUCCAGCCACCGCUGCCAGAAAUCGAGGAGUAAAUCUUCAGGAAACAAACCAGCCGAACCAAAGGGGCUGCUGCGGCAAUUAAACAUUGCAAACAAUACGAAAUAUGGAUAUUGUGGGAGAUUUGGCUUCCUUUUUGUAUUAUUGGCACACAAUGCUGUGCACAUUCCUUUUAUCCUUCAAUUUGAACUACUGCAUGAGUCAUUCUUCUCCCAGUUGACCGCAGGUCUCUUCUGCUUUUAUUGGGCACCUGUAGAAAGUGAAUGAUGUACAUAGCGUGACAAAUCAUUAUGUAAAGGUCAGUUACUCACUUCCUUUUUACACCAGAUUAAAUGAAGACUUUUUCUGUAAAUCAACCUAUUUUUUGAGGGAAAUAUAUUCUCCCUGACUCCAACCCACUGACCCUUUCAGUCCACUAAUUUUUAUUAAAUAUGAUUUUAUGUAUAAUAAGAAUAAAGAUUCCCAAUUUGAAUGUAUUUAUUCUAAAAAUGAGAUGCACAAAGAAAUUCCAAUUCACUGUGCAUUUUUUUAAAAGAAAAAAAUGAAUUUCUAGUUUCGGUUUAUCUGAGGGGAAAAAAGCAUUUUCCAAAUUUAGGAUAAAAAUAAACUGGACAAAAUGUUAUGAGAAUCUUUGAAAGCACCAGUGUGCUCAUUCUGAUUCCCUAGACUUAGCCCAGUAAUGUAGCAGUUCAUUUUAUGGUUCAAAGCACUAAUUGUGUUGGUGACACUUAUUAAUACAAUAUCAUUUUAUUAAUAAGGCAAAAUGAACAAGGCUCAUAUAUAGGGGGAAAAUGGCAGUGCUGUUCAAUUCUCAUUCUCUACCUACCAUGACUGAACUAAGCAAUCUAAUGGAGUAAAUUUGUUGAAGUUCAUUGUCAAUUUAAGAUUUUGUUGCUUUUGUGUAUAAUGUUCCCUUCUCGCGCAUUUAAAAUGCACCUGUAUAAAUAUUCUCCUAUUUAUCAGCAAAGGACAAAUGUUCUCUUAGUCUUAUUUUAAAUCUGUGGGAUUAAGAAUAAUUUUCAGGAGAGUCGAUUUUGGAUUUUGAUUCUACAUUCUUAUCAAAAAAGAAUAUAUCCCAAUUAUCUUGAAUCAGGACAAUAAAUGAGAAGAGGCAACUUGGGGAUGGGUAAAAAAGAGCAGCAAGGUCUUAGCAUUUUGAGAGAGAUGAUUUUGUGCCUUGAUCUAUAUAGAAAGAUUCAGUAUUGACAUGUGUGUUAUUGCUGUAUCGUAGAUACAUCAUGAUCCCAAUGGGUCUUGGAGCUGGUGGAGCAACCUUCCUCUGACACUGUAAAUGCUCGGGUACUAUCGCUCCAAACACACAUGGGUGUGUUGGGAGUAUGUUGCUGUAUGAACACAUCAUAACAUUUGGGUUGCUCCUUAAAACCAACUACAAUAUAAUCUGUUUGCCAACAAAUUCACAUAAGCCCUCUUAUCUUGUAUCAAAUGCAUUUUAGUUCUGAUACAUUGCCAUAUCGAGAUGCAGAUGCUUGGACACUGAUUUCUGAUAGAAUAUCCACCUUCAGAAGCUGCCUCGCUUCUCAGUAGGUGUGGUUAGACUUCUCAACGAUAUUCAAAUAACUAUGAAUUCUCUGGCUGCAGGAGACAGACAAUUGAGUCUUCUACUUUGAGAACAAAAACAAGUUUCUGGAUGACCUGACUUUGACCUAGCCAGGGAAACGGCUGUGUUUGGUCUUCUUCUGUUUACUUCUCUGUCACAGACCAGGGGGAAGCAAUCCAGGCUGAUCUUAAUGUAACCUCAAUUUGUUGCAGAACCUUCCCGAUGAUAAAUUUCAUGGCUUUGUUAAACCCAGAAGAUCAGGAUUACCCUAUUGGCUAAGUAACUAACUACACAGAGUUUGCAGACCAGGAUGCCUGGUGUUUUCUGUGUUAGCCAUUGCCAGUGAAGAUAGGUAUGAGGACAGUUGUCCUCAGCAUCUGUGGAAUUGGGAGGGAACAAAAUCCUAAUCGCUAUCCUGUGACACUUGAUGGAAGCAGACAUUUAUGGACAUCAAAUGAGAACUGAACUCGCACUCAAACAAAUUUGAAUAAAGAAGUUGUGGAAUGGUGCCCCCUGUAGGAGUCAAUGCCUUCAGGGGUAAGGAGGUCAAACAUUUCCAAAAGUUGUUUCAGAGUUACAAUUUCAUGAAGAGACACUACGCUUCCCUAUUUCCCCUACUUCUUUGUUUACUCUUCCCAAAUUGCACUGGAUUUGCCUUAUUUACCGAUGUAAUCCCGAGGUUAUAGAUUGAAAAACGGUACAUCUAAAGUGGAAUAAUUUCCCCUUUAAGGUCAGGAACUAAUCGAAACUUAGUGAAGACUCCCAUCUGUUACCUUUCUGUAUUCAAUUGACAUGUAAGUGCAUUUGACUAUAUAUUUGUACUGGAUUUACUAAGUUAUCUGCUAAAUCACUUGACAAGAGAUUUAACCAGAGGAGGUAAAGGAUGCUUUGGCUGGCCUUUUGUGUGUAAAUAUGUCUUUCACUAGGUCUAAAUAUAAAGGGAUAUUGAGGGGCUGAGAGCAUCAGUAAAUGAAGAGUAGUGUGAAGGUGAGGAAAAGAAAAGCAUUGAGAAGAUAAUAGGAGCUGAAAACAUUUUGUGUUCUGCAAGAUAUUAACAAAAAAUCCUUGUACAUUUUUGUUAUAAGAUUGUGUUAAACUGUGUGUAUAGUGGUUGGUGUGUCAUAUGUUUUUGCCUUUUGUGUGUUCUCCCCUACCCCUGUGGUCUUCCUGUUGCCUUGCUCAGCUGGACAUCUUAUGCAGAUAAAAGGGCUAGCUAGUAGCAACCUAUUUCCAGGCCCCUGUCAAUAAGAGUCAAUAAUUUGACAUGGAAUAAUUCUUCUCUAACUUUAGCUUCCCUUCUCCUUUAGGGGGAGGCUGAGCUGGUCAAAUCUAGGUCCCCACCAAUGUGAUGGAAAAAUAUAAACUCAUUGAAAAACAGUUACAUUUUUGAACAUUUACAAAGGAUCAUAAUAAGCUGGUACUGUUAGCACAUUCGGAGUUGUACAAAAUUCAGCCAGUAAUCUUAUAUUUUUUAUGAUAACAUUGCUUCCAACACAUCUUGUAUUACAGUACUGGUAUUACAAGAUUCUUUCCUCUCCCCUGUAUCUUCCACAUUUUAUUACAAAACAGUUGAAUUCUAAUUUAAGGGCUUAUACAUAACAGUGACUAGUUUUUGUAGUCUUUAGAGAACAGUCUGUGAUUCAAUUUAAUUUUCAGAUUGGUGAAGCUAAAACUGAAUAGAUGAGAAAUGUUUCCAGGGUCUCCAAACAAAAUCACUGAGAGUUCCAUGUACUUGUUUCUGUUUGCCUGUUACAGAGCGCAACCCCCUCCCAAUUAGGAAGCAGUCUUCCUACCUAAUCCUGGAGAGCUGAGGCGCAGGUUGGCAAGUUCUUUGGAGAACAGUAGAAGGCAGAUACAACUUGAACUAGAUACUAUUUUCAAUUAACAGCAGCGUUUAUAUAGUGAGUAUUUCAAAAACUGAUGACUUGCACAGGGCUGUUGAACUUUAAACCACACAGUAAAAGGCAUAAUACAAAUACCGCUGUAAAUCGUGCCUCGGGAACAUGGUUGUUUCAACAGUUGACACGCCAUCAUUAAUUGGUCUUCUGUUGAAAAAUAUUUCUGUUGCUCAUUUUUUUCGAAGGAGUAAGAAAGAUUAAGUUCCAUUACUCAUUUUGCCUGGGGGAGGUGAAUGUGAGCAGAGAAAUGUUGGAACUGGUUAUAAUAAAGACAAUGCUAUUUCUUAAGAGUGCAGGUUAUUAAAAAUAAACACUAUAACACACUAAUAAUCUCUUCGGAUUCAAUUCAGUGGGAAUAACUUUGUAAAGGUGUUUUUGUUUGUCAUUUUAUUGGAAUAAACACAAAUAACAAAAA